AAGUUUUGAUUUCAGGAGACAUUUUUCAUUUCACCUUAUUUAUUCUAACUCUGUUUCUGCAACAAAAAUUGGAAUGAUAACGAAAAAUAGUAAAGUGUUACGAAAUGAAUCAGUUGAUCGCUCCUUUUUUUUAAAUCAGUUUAAUUUUAUGGGAUUAUUACUACUUGUUUUACUGGCGCCAUCUUUAAAAAUGUUUUUAUUUUCAUUGAGUCUGCAAAUGAGAAUGUCUAACGUACGCCUAUAAGAAAUGGUGCUUUGAUAUAAAAGUGACAGAAAAAAAAUUAUGUUUUCAUUCGAAUAUAAAAAAAAAAAUGAUUUUGAGUAACACUAUAUUAAAAAGAUUUUGGUGACAUCUCAAUCGCGAAGUUAAUUCUGACAAAACACAUCAACCUGAAGCUAAAUGUCCUGUAUUUAGCAAUUGAGUUGUAAAUUAUCAUUCUUAAAAAGCUCGUUGUUUCCCAACCUUAUGUAAAUUCAAUAAUUUGUUGUUUUUUAAAAAUUUUAACUUUUUCUCAGUAAACAAAAAAAGCAUCUUCAUGAGGAUAAACUCCUGCUAAAUAUUAAGAUUUGAUCGAUUCGCGAAAUUAACCUUUCGCGAACUUUAUAAAAUAUCGCGAUUCUACUACGAAAAUUUGUGACAUUAAAGUAGUUGACAUACCUUGAGAGACGUAAUUACUUGCAGACUUGAAGUUUGCGAAGUGGUGGUUGAAUUACAUAGCUAUAGGUCAGAUGAUACAGUGUCUACUAAGGGGCUACCACGGUUGGUCCGGAAAUGUUAUUUGUCCAAUAAAUAAAUUUAAUUAAAGAAAUUUGAAUUAAUACAUCCAUCAAAAUUAAUCGCAAUUGUUUUGAUCACUUUGCAAACAACUCUUUUGCAAACAACUCUCAACAAGGUUUCGCAGUUACACGACUUUUUGCAGGGUCGAAGGUGGUAGGGCUUAGUGAAAGGUUGGACUUGUUUAACAUAGUAACUUCAGUCUGUCGAUUAGAAGUUUUCUUAUCGUAUUGCGAGACGAAAACUGAAAACAAAAUUAUCGAACUCUCCUAAACGUUAAUAUACUGAAUGUGUUGGUGUUCUGUGUUUUUAAGCACUGUACUCAACUUAGUAGUCUAAGGAAUUUUUUGAUGAAUCUCCUCAACAAGCAAUCGGUUUAUAUAUUUUACGUAAGGGUUUUAUUUAGGCUCUGUAUCAAGAUCGUUCAUCUUAACCCGGUCAAAUUAUCUUGCAUUAUUUAUUCUUUUGUUCUUUUAUUCUUUCGUUCUUUUAUUCUUUAGUUUAUUCAUUCAUUAAUCUAUUCCUUUAUUUAUUCAUUCAUCUACUAAUUCAUUCACCACUGUUGCUAUUUUUAUUCCAAGUAAUGAAAUUAACGUUAUAUUUUAGUUGAAAUAAAAAAAAAGGAUCAGGAUUACUCUAUGUUUAUGAGAUAUCUCUUCAUACGCAUUGGUGAAAAGUGCAUAUGUCACCAUCGAACGAUCUUUGUUGAUGUAAAGAAACAUGGAAGGCAAUAUAUUGCAGUAGCUUUUAAGAAAGAAAACAUGACAAUUGAUAAACUAUUCACUUUCGGCGUGAUAGCGGAUGUACAACAUGCUAACGUUGAUAAUCGCAUGAAUCAUCAUAAAACACAAACGAGAUAUUAUCGUGCAGCUAUCGAACAUUUAAAAGAUGCGAUUUCAGCUUGGAACGAAAAGAAAGUGGACUUCGUUGUUCAACUUGGUGAUAUUAUUGACGGAAUUAGCAGAAGGCAAGGCCAUCGAGACAACGAUAUAAAGAAUUUGAUAGACGUUUUAAAGAGAUUUAAGUCAACUGGUUUACCUAUUUACAAGAAUGACGAGGGUGUUUAUGAAAUGGUUAAAGAAGGACACGAUAGUGCAACGGAAAAGGUACCAUAUAUAUGCAACUUGUGGGGAAAUCAUGAGUUUUAUAAUUUCCCCAGAGAGUGGCUAUGGAACAGUCCUUUAAAUACUUUUAUUAAUCAUUCAAAAACAGAUCUGUUGAAAGCAGGAAACUCCAUAAAAGACAUCGAAGAAAAACACGGUUACUAUUACUCGUUUGUAUAUCAUGGAUAUCGUGUAAUAGCGCUCGAUUCGUACGAUCUAUCCACGAUAUCAAGACCAGGAGCAACUGUGCUGUACGUUAAGGCAAUGAGUUUUUUGAAAUCCAUAAACACAAACAGUGAUUUAAACGAACCUCCUCGUAACAACGCAAAUAUUGUCGCUUGGAAUGGUGGCCUUAGCAACACACAGUUGUCAUGGUUGCAUAACGAAUUAGCUGUAGCAACAACAAAUAAGGAAAAAGUGAUAAUACUUAGCCAUAUUUCCAUCCAUCCAAGAGCAGCUCACAAAACUGCUUUGUUGUGGAAUCAUAAGGAGGUGCUAGCAAUGAUUAACGCUUUUGAUUGUGUGGUAGCAUGUUUUACGGGACAUGACCAUGAUGGCGGCUAUUACCAUGACACUGUAAACAACAUUCAUCACGUCACAUUCGAAGGAGCUAUAGAACGUCCUGCAGAUACGAAUGCAUACGGAGUGGUAAAUGUCUAUGAGGAUAGAUUGGAGAUCGAAGGUUAUGGUGUCGUAAAGGACAGAGUUUUGCAAUUUUGUUAAAACGGGAAAACUUUUUUAUAUGUAAAGAGGAAAUAGGUAAUAUUAAUCAUUAGAGAAUUAUAUCUAGUAAGUUAGAAUCUUAGGAUACUUAGAGAAUGAUUCUGCUCAUGUGGACAAACACGUUUUGAGUCAUUUAUUUAUUCUGUUACAAUUUGCACAUCUGUUCAUGACCUGUUAAGCAACAACCUCGUGUUUUUAGUUUUUUGUUGUUGUUGAGUAUUUAUAAGUAUAAAUAGCAAUAUUUUUUAGAAUUUUAGUAGUAGGAUUAAAGGUGGCGUUUUACAACCAUCUGGGGGGAUUUUUUACCUAAGCAAUUUGAAGGAUAUUUUACAUUAAAAGCUACCUGUAAGCAGCUUUGAAAAUUAUUAUCUAAUCAAAGAUUGUUUUUCUAUGUUAAUAAACCAAUAAAGGCUAUAAUUGAGUCUUUAGAAACUUUUUCUCGUUGUAAACUUCAUAAGCCCAAAAUGUUCUAUUUUGGUAUCAAUUUUAUCGUUUGGUGAUAAAGAAUAAGUUUUUGAGAAACUUUAUAUUUUUUGUGAAUGCUUACCGAGUUUUCAAAGAUAAUUGAUUCGUGAAAGUUUCCGUCUCCAGAAGUUUCUGCACUUCAACUAUUUGUUGAAUAUUUAUAAGUAUAAAUAGUAAUACUUUUAGAAUUUUAGUAGUAGGAUUAAAGGUGGCGUUUUACAACCAUCUGGGGGGAUUUUUUACCUAAGCAAAUUAAAGGAUAUUUUACGUUAAAAGCUACCUGGAAGCGCCUCUAAAAAUUAUUUUCUAAUCAAAGAUUGUUUUUCUAUGUUAAUAAACCAAUAAAGACUACUCUUUGCGAACAGUUUACUCGUUAUAAACUUCGUUGUUUAUUACGAAUACGUUGUGUGCAGAAACUUUCCCAAAUUUAGUAAAUUUUCGUUAAUUUGUGAAAUUCUCUUUCGCUGGAUUUUCAUGAGUUAAGAAUGGUCUAUUUCGGUAUCAAUUUUAUCGUUUGUGAUAAAAGAAUGUGUUUAGAAUUUAAAUUCUAAAUUUAUCGAUACGAAAGUUUUUUAACCGCGAAAGCUUCUACAUUUAAGUAUGCUGUGUUGCAUGUUGUCCUCAUUUUAUUAUUUUUUUAAAUUGUGGAGUUAUUUAGGUGAUUGGCAAAAAGGCGAUGGUUAAGUUAAAUUUACAAAACAAAUAUUUUUGCCAAACAUAUCCAGAAUAUAUUUUGGUGUUUGAAUAUAUAUUAAGUGUCAAGGAAGGAGGUAUGGAAUUUUUCCGCUGAACAGACUAAACCAAUCACAUUCUGGAAUCCUUGUUAAAGAGCAGCCGAACAUGUUUUGAUGAAAAUUCACAUAAUUUAUAAUUUAGAGUUAUCACUAGAUUUUUAUGUUUUUAAUUUUACUGCAAAUUGUAUACCGUAUUUACAAAGCACGCUAUAUAGCAAGCCAUUGCUACGUAGUUUAUUGUAAUUACAAAUUUGUACUUUUUAAAUUUCCUUCCAAGAAUAGAUUCUCGUCAACCAA